CAGACGCCGCGCGUCCCGUGCAGUCACCGCCUGUAGUGACAGGGCUUUGUCGGCGUAGAAGAAUACAUGUUUGCAUUCAGUGAACAAGAGAAUGUUCCCAAACUCAAUUUUGGGUCGUCCACCCUUCACCCCAAACCAUCAUCAGCAUAGUUUCUUUGCCCUGUCACCUACUCUUUACUCACACCAGCAACUUAUAGAUGCACAGUUCAACUUUCAAAAUGCAGACUUAUCUAGAGCUGUGUCCUUACAGCAGCUGACAUACGGAAAUGUCAGUCCAAUACAGACCUCAGCAUCUCCAUUAUUUCGAGGAAGAAAGAGACUAAGCGAUGAACAAAACCUUCCUCUUGAUGGCAAACGGCAGCGUUUCCAUUCACCCCAUCAAGAGCCAACUUUAAUUAACCAGAUAGUGCCUUUACCAGGGGAACGAAGAUACUCAAUGCCACCAUUGUUUCAUACGCACUAUGUACCUGAUAUAGUCAGAUGUGUUCCACCUUUUCGAGAACUAUCACUCUUAGAACCUAGAGAAAUCACACUGCCUGAGGCCAAAGAUAAGCUGAGUCAGCAGAUCCUGGAGCUGUUUGAGGCGUGUCGGCAGCAAGUGAGUGACCUGAAGAAGAAGGAGCUCUGUAGAGCGCAGCUGCAGACGGAAACCCAGCUGCUCUUCCCGCAAAGCAGACUUUUUUUGGUUGGGUCUUCUUUAAAUGGAUUUGGUACCCGGAGCAGUGAUGGUGACCUAUGCCUCGUUCUUAAAGAAGAGCCGUGUUUUUUUCAGGUCAAUCAGAAGACUGAAGCACGUCAUAUACUCACCUUAGUCCAUAAACACUUCUGUACUAGACUUUCUGGCUACAUUGAGAGACCUCAACUGAUUCGUGCAAAAGUGCCAAUUGUGAAGUUCAGGGAUAAAGUCAGUUGUGUGGAAUUCGACUUGAAUGUAAACAAUACUGUUGGAAUAAGAAACACAUUCCUUCUCAGAACUUACGCAUACCUUGAAAAUCGAGUUCGUCCAUUAGUGCUGGUGAUAAAGAAGUGGGCAAGUCACCAUGAUAUCAAUGAUGCCAGUCGUGGCACAUUAAGCAGCUAUAGUCUUGUAUUGAUGGUUUUGCACUAUUUACAAACCCUACCAGAACCCAUCCUUCCAUCCCUCCAAAAAAUUUACCCAGAAUCUUUUAGCACUGCAAUACAGCUUCAUCUUGUACAUCAAGCUCCAUGUAAUGUUCCUCCUUACCUCUCAAAGAAUGAAUCAAGUCUUGGGGAUCUCUUACUGGGCUUUCUGAAAUACUAUGCUACAGAAUUUGACUGGAACAGUCAGAUGAUUUCAGUUCGUGAAGCCAAAGUCAUCCCAAGGCCUGAUGGUAUUGAAUGGAGAAACAAAUAUAUCUGUGUAGAAGAGCCUUUUGAUGGAACAAACACAGCCAGAGCUGUGCAUGAAAAGCACAAGUUUGAUAUGAUCAAGGAUCAAUUUUUGAAGUCAUGGCAAAGAUUGAAAAACAAAAGAGAUCUGAACAAUAUACUGCCUUUAAGAGCUGCUAUCCUGAAAAGAUAACUGGCUUCUUCUCUUAACUUCUUCUGAGAAAUAAAGAACAAUAGUUACAUCACAGUGCAUUUUGUUUACCUCUAUCAUGGCUUAUUUUUAAUUGUUCUUGUUUUCAUGCUUUAUUUUUAAAGGACAUUCUUAUAUAAAGAUUGCAUAUUUUAUUAUGACAUUUCCUAAUAAAAAUCUUUGAUUUAAAAAUGUAUUUUUGAAAAUGUUUACAUUGAUGAUCAGUAGUAUUAUGGCAUGACCUUUCAAGCAGUCAAAUAAAAUAUAUUUUGGGAAAUUACCUGAACAAAGAAAGGUUUUUGAUACAACUUUAGUUAAUUGCACCACGUGCUAAUACCGAAGAAUAUGUGGAAUUUUGAAGAGUCUUAAGUCAUGCGUGCUUACAGUAUAGCUUGUACAGUCUAGUCUGUCCUAGUCAAGUGAAGACUCAAGGCAGCUCUUCAGCUACAUGAAGCAAGUGAAAUUUUCAUUUCCGUGAAACCACUGGCGUCAUGCAGUACUGCACAGUUGCCUUCGUCUUCACAUGACUCCCUGGGGCAGACGGAAGCUUGCUUUGGGACGUGUCUGCGUUAUUUAUGUUCCAUUAGUUCUCACGCCUCACCUCGCUGUACUCAUGAGGUUGCUGUAGGCUUCAUGUUUGCACUGUGCUCAUGUGAGCAUUUACUGGGACAGCAGUUGCUGACUUGCUGAUGGACUUGGGGAAAUGAAGUCUCCUGUGCUUUCCGCUCGCUUAGUGCAGUGUGCAUUUUUGCUUUACUUCCAUCCUUCUGCCUUCCCUUUCCGAAACCUUGAUAGGGAACAACAGAAACUGAACUAUCGAAGUUCAAGAUUCUAACCUAUUUGUAAAAUUGGAUUUCUUUCUGUGUAAAAUUAAAGGAUUAUAAUCUAAACUGGAAUUUUAGGCAGUAAGCCACUACAAAGUGUUUUAGAUAAGACAUAAUAAAAUUAUUAUAAUAAAAAUUUAAUGUUUAUAAAAAUCCUUUUUAGUAUUUUCUUUCCAUGUGAAAGAAGACUACUGGUAGCUGUGAAAAAAAAAGCUAUUGUGUUUAUUAAGGUGUUUUUGACAUAAAUAGUUGUAAAUUGGUCAGUGCCUGUAAAUUUAAAUACAAGAAGUAAUCUUGAGGGACGUUUUUUCAUAUGCUGCCAACAGUUUCUCGUAGGCCCACUGUAGCACAGUUUGUACAGUUUCGAUGUGUUUUUGCAGACCAAUUCUCAAACUAAGACUCUCAGAGUGUUUUUUGCUUACAAGGUGCAUAUUUUCAUUUUCUUUAAGUUUAAAUUUUUGUAUGCUGUCAAGUGUAAUAAAGUUUACAUAUGGAAA